CAGCUCCUCCCGCGACCCAGAAGGAUAAGCAGCUUAGAAGACGGCAUUACUGCAACAAGGGGUCGUUUCUAAGCGGCAAGUGGGCGUGUACCCAGUAACAUGGGUCACCAAGAAGUGGACGGCCGCGAGUUGAAGCAGUGGGCGGUCCUAAGCGGAUCAGUGGGCGGUCCCGCGCGCCUCUCCGUGCCUCUGCGCGUGGUGGAGCUCAGACCGAUCGCGUGCAGCGCUGAGGGUGCGCGCUGAGGCUCCGCUGCCGCUCCAGACAGCGGCGAGAUGAAGCGGCCAUGCGAGGAGAGCACGAGCGACAGCGAGAUGGAGGAGAACAUCGACGUGGGCAGCGAGAGCUUCCACUCAGGCCAGGGCAAUGGGCCGUUUGUAAGAUGUGGCUCCCCCACGACCACCUCCCAGCUCAUGGCCAGAAAGAAACGCAGAGGGAUCAUCGAGAAGAGACGGAGGGACCGAAUCAACAACAGCUUAUCAGAGCUGAGGCGCCUCGUGCCGACAGCCUUUGAGAAGCAGGGAUCUGCUAAACUCGAGAAAGCUGAAAUCCUGCAGAUGACAGUGGAUCAUCUAAAGAUGCUUCAGGCCACAGGAGGGAAAGGCUAUUUUGACGUCCACUCCCUGGCUAUGGACUUCAUAAGCAUUGGUUUUCGUGAAUGCCUGACUGAAGUGGCGCGGUAUUUGAGCUCUGUGGAGGGUCUGGACUCUGCUGACCCGCUCAGAGUCCGUCUCGUCUCUCACCUCAGCAGCUGUGCCUCUCACAGGGAGUCUAUCGCUCUGUCCCAGCACCAGCACCCUCCACAGGCUCUGCCGCCACACCCCUGGGCCUGGAGCUUCCUGCAGCACAACGGCCUGCCCUCGUCUACAUCCUCUUCUUCUUCUUCAUCAUCCUCCUCUUCCUCGGAUGUCCCGCAGCGCCUUUCCUUCACGCACGCCGACGCCGCAGGGCUCAGAGCGCCCCCCGCAGGCUGCAUCCCGCCACUGUCCACCUCUCUCCUGUCACUUUCGGCCACGCUUUCAGCCGCGGCAACCCACACCUUCCCCCUGUCCUUCCCUGCAGGAUUCCCCCUCUUCUCCCCCUCCGUCCCCACCUCCUCCAUAGCUUCCUCGGCCCUCAGCCCCUCAAUAUCUGCCUCGUCCACGUCCCAGCAGAGCAGUUCCACCUCCAGCUCCAACAGCGCCAGCACUAAACCCUACCGGCCGUGGGGCACUGAAGUGGGAGCAUUCUGAAGCAUUGGACUUCUUCAAAAGUUCAAAAGGCUGGACUCUUUUUACUCUUUGUAGACAGGGAGGAGACUUCUAACCAUAUUUUUGCUACUUUUUGCUACUUUCCGAGUGCCACAAAUUGGCUUAGUUCAAAGCGCUGGACAUUUUUCACACUUUGCAAACACAGGAGGGACUGUUUUAAAGGAAUACUUCAGCAUCUUUCAACGCAAGCUCCAUUUGCCACAUUUGUUUCGUACUGUUGAUUAUCAUGGAUAGUAAUUUCAACACAUUGCCCUCUUCUUAGAAAAAAACAGAAACACUUGUAAUAAAAGCCACUGGGCAGUUGAUGAAGUCUGCAAACAAAUGUUCAAAAUUUGUGAAGACAAAAAUUUUAAAUGCGAAUUCAAAACUGUUUCACACUCUAGAAUUAUAGGUCUCAGGAUGAGACUGACACAGGACGUCUUACAAGAGCUGUUCAAACUUUUUCCAGCUUUCCUUAACCCAACAUAGCAAAAAAGUAGUUCCGGUCACUUUCACAUUCUCAUAAAGUUCCUCUAAUGUUCUACAGAUGCUUCCCUCUGGACAAAACAGCUGUAUCUCUGGGAUAAUGAAUUAUGCAGAUUUUACAACCUAAUUUACAAAUACCAUAGGUGUAAGCAUUCAUGAAUGGUUCUGUAUCUAGGUAUUGCCUGUGUUAACUAAAAUAAAUGCAGCAGGUCAAGACUAGGUUAGAAAACCCUGAAGUAUUCCUUUAAUUAACUACCAUGGCUGGUGUUUGACGACUGUCAUGGUCGCUUCUACUUAUAAAGUGCCACAAUCAUUUUUCGAAGUGCCUGCGUGUAUACAACGUCAAAGGGAAUGUGUUGGGAGGAAAAAACAUCAUGGAUCACAUUAAUACUCAUCACACCCAGUGGACAUGAGGAAGGAAUUGGUAUUUUCAGUGAAGUUAACCCAUAACUGUCAAACUAUUGACUUUCUGUUGUUUUGUCUGUCGCCCUUGGAGAAAUACCUAGGUUCUCCUGUUUUGACUUCACUUUGCUUUGUGUCAGAGGACCAUGCUGUUUGGCAGUGUCCACAGGAUUGUGUGACUGAUAUAGUAUGUAUGAGAUUUAUGCACUUAAAGGGGAAUUCCACUAUUCUUUCAAAAUUUUUGCACAACCGAAUUGUCAAAACGUACACAAUGCCAUUCAGGGUGGUUUGAUCGGAAAUACUCUGUUGUAGAAAAGCUAGUCAGAUUUUUUCACAGUGGUAAAGACAUCUGAAGGGUUUAAUGCUCUUGAAGGCUCCCUCACAGAAAUGUAUUACAUAAAAUAUAAUAAUAAUAAGGAGCAUGCUGCCUGGUGACCGAGACAUUGCUUUAUGAUAGUUUGGAGAUGAACGUUCGGCCUCACAGCACAAGGAAACAUGGGAGUUAUCAGGCAAAAUAGUUCCAGAAGAAAAGAUCUUUUCAGAUUGAUCACUAUUGUACCAUUAAUAACAUUACAUAUAAACACUCAGAAGACAUGUGUGGGUUCACUUGUGGUUUUGGAUAGUAAAUAAAAUGACUAUAUUUGUGUUGUGGACACUGUGACCCCUGGUUCCUCUCACCACCACUGUAAAGGAAGCUCAGAGUUUCUCUACAAUGAACCAUUUCACAUCAAACCACUCUGAAUGACUCUGUUUACCUCCCAAUAAUUAAAAUAAUGCACAAAUUUGGAAAAAUUGGCGAAAUUCCGCUUUAACAGCAGAAUCUGUAUAAUGUUGGUGUAAUUUGUCCCUCAUCCACAAAUCCGGUCUUUGAUUUUGACAAAAUCUCAGAGAAACCAAAGGUUUUUACAGAUAAUCGAUGGAAUGAGGUGUGAAUCAGAGCGUGUGAUAUAAUCUAUGAACUAACCACUCAGUCUGUAAAUAUGUGUACGAGUGUAACUAGAGUUUAUACUGAAGCUAGAGAGCCGUAUUAUUGGCAUGACAAUGCACUUCGGUCACUACUGUUCGGAGGGACAGGCUUCUCUCCAUAUAUGAGAAAAGACACCAUAGCUGCAAAUUUGAAUUAUUUGCUCAUGCUGUACUUCAGAUUUGCCCGUAAAUCACACUACUGUAUCUUUUUUCCUUUUUUUAAUCCCAAGCCUGCUCUGUAACAUGUAACCAUUUUCUAUGCAAAGGGAAAAGCAGCAAGCAGAUGUGACAGAUUAAAUUUGAUGCUUUUUAUUUGAA